GCUGUCAAAAGUCUCAGAUUUGAAUAUAUUUAAAAUGAUGGCAUGUGUCUUCAUAUUUUGAAGUGAAGAGCACUAAGUAAUUGCUAUAUAUGAACAUCUUUUACUGAAAAACAAAUUAGAUAUAAAACAAACCAUUUUUGCCUCUAUUUCAAGAAUUUUUUUAUAUCAAAAGAAAACGAAUUAUUGAUUUUUGUCCACUGCCACAGAAAAUUCAAACAGCCUGGAGCUUACAAGAAUCAGAGCCAAAGGAAUCAUUCAAGAGAGAUAAAUCAGGGUUUGCUUAAGAAUUUUUUUAGAAUAUCCAAUAUAUUCACCUGAAAGAGUCAAACUCCUUAUUCCCCCAAAAAAGCCUCAAGAUGCCUCAUCAGCAAAGUAAGUUGUCAUUGCCUAUCUGUGUUCUCUCCACAGUCUGGGGGAACCGUGAAUAACUCACAGAUAUCUACUGUGACACAGUUUGUCUUGUUGGGCUUUUCUGGUCCCUGGAAAAUUCAGAUCGUCUUUUUCUCAAUGAUUUUGUUGGUCUACAUCUUGACUCUGACUGGGAAUAUGGCCAUCAUCUGUGCAGUGAGGUGGGAUCACCGGCUCCAUACACCUAUGUACAUACUCCUGGCCAACUUCUCCUUCCUAGAGAUCUGGUAUGUGACCUGCACAGUCCCCAACAUGCUGGUAAAUUUCUUUUCCAAAACCAAGACCAUAUCCUUUUCUGGAUGCUUCACUCAGUUCUACCUCUUCUUUUCCCUGGGCACAACUGAAUGCUUCUUCCUCUGUGUCAUGGCUUAUGAUCGGUACCUGGCCAUCUGCCACCCUCUUCACUAUCCCUCCAUCAUGACUGGUCAGCUCUGUGCUGUUUUGGUAUCUCUUUGUUGGCUCAUUGGUUUCCUUGGACAUUCAAUUUCCAUUUUCCUCAUUUCUCAACUACCUUUCUGUGGUCCCAACAUCAUUGAUCAUUUUCUGUGUGAUGUGGACCCACUGAUGGCAUUGUCCUGUGCCCCUACUUACAUCAUAGAGCAUGUGUUCCAUUCUGUGAGCUCUCUUUUCAUCAUCCUCACCAUGGUGUACAUCCUUGGGUCUUAUACUUUAGUACUCAGAACUGUGCUUCAGAUUCCUUCUUCAGCUGGAUGGCAAAAGGCCUUCUCUACCUGUGGAUCGCACUUGGUUGUGGUGUCUCUGUUCUAUGGAACCAUAAUGGUAAUGUAUGUGAGUCCCACAUCUGGCAACUCAGUUGCUACGCAUAAGGUUAUCACACUGAUAUAUUCUGUGGUAACACCUGUCUUAAACCCUCUCAUCUACAGCCUUCGCAACAAGGACAUGAAAUAUGCCCUCUAUCAUGUCUUCUGUGCAAUGAGAAUUACCCAGAGCUCAUGAAUAGGUUUUUUUUUUAUAACUCAGUAACUCUAGGCAAUUGGAAGAAUAAUCCUCAUCUUUUAACACAAACUGACUUGGUUUUACUCAUGGUCAUCACAGUCCUUGUGUACAAGCAAAACUCUUCAUGUAUCUAAUCAUAUUUUGAUGAGCUUCUAGUUUCAGAAAUGUGUUCCAGGGGAGCAAGUUGGCCCCAACAUAUAGUAAAAAAAAAAAACAUUUAAAAAUCUUA